UCAUGUGAUUAAGCUCGUGUCACACGUUGUUAUAACCGGAGCUGAUGAAUAUUACUACCAGGCGCUCAGGAAAUGCACGGGAGGCUGUAAUGCGUGUCAGUCACGCAGAACCACGCCUGCCACUCGUAUGUGCCGCAACAGUAUAAAAAGACUUUAAAAAUGCACAACUUUCAUUUUUUCAACUUCUGUAUUGUUUAGGAAAGGCAGUUGGUAGUAAAUGGCCGAUGAACUACUACUCCAACCUUAUGGGAAAUGCUCAGGGCGUCUCACCUCGUCUUUGCUGGCUGUGGCUUUGCUCUCCUCCUUCGGCAGCUCCAUGCUCUUCGGCUACAAUCUGGCCGUCGUGAACUCACCAGCCAAUUACAUCAAGGACUUCUACAAUCGCACCAUCGUGAGCCGAGGCGGCACAGGAGUGAGCGAGGAGACCCUCACGCUCAUGUACUCCAUCACCGUGUCUGUGUUUGCCAUCGGGGGUCUCCUGGGAUCUCUGCUGGUUGGCAUGUUGGUCUCCAAAUAUGGAAGCUUAAUGUUAUUGCAUAUGAGGAAAGGGACUCUGGUGAACUCGACAGUGCUGGUCUUUCUUGGUGGAACGCUGAUGGGCUGUAGCAAGAUAUGUAGCUCACCAGAAAUGAUCAUCGUUGGCCGCUUCAUUACCGGAAUACACUCAGGAAUUUCUCUGAGUGUGGUGCCCAUGUUUCUGGGUGAGAUUGCCCCAAAGAACCUGCGUGGCUUCAUUGGACUCAUGCCCAGCAUUUUCAUCUGUGUUGGGGUCUUCAUUUCCCAGAUCCUGGGACUCCAUGAAAUGCUAGGGAAGGAGGAAGACUGGCCCCUGUUCAUGUCUCUGGUGGUCGUUCCCACCUUCAUUCAGCUGACGCUGCUGCCCUGGUUCCCAGAGAGCCCGCGGUACUUGCUGAUGGAGAAACGUGACAUCCAUGCCACUAUCGCAGCACUGAAGUGGUACCGCGGCAGGUGUAACAUCCAGUCGGAGAUCGAGGAGAUGCAGGAGGAGCAGCGAUCCCUUUCUUUGGUGGACACGGUGUCCGUGAAGCAGCUGUUGCAGGACGUCACUGUGCGCUGGCAGGUUGUGUCCGUCGUGGUCAUCAACAUUGGCAUGCAGCUGUCCGGCAUCGACGCGAUCUGGUUCUACACCAACGCCAUUUUCGAGAACGCUGGAAUCCCCAUCCCGCAAAUCCAGUACACCACUGUCGCAACUGGAGCUAUUGAGGUCAUCGCAGGCCUUAUAGGGUGCUUCACCAUCGAGAGGGUGGGCCGGCGGCCGCUGAUGAUUGGCGGUUUUGGCUUCAUGGGCGUGUGCUGUGCCGGGAUCACGCUCUCGCUCAUUUUGCAGGUUCACGUGUCCUUCAUGCGGUACGUCAGUGUGGUCUGCGUGGUUGGCAUCAUCGCAGGCUUCUGCAUAGGUCCAGGUAAAUGUGUCCUUUUUUCAGGUCAGCUGGUUUUUGCUCAUAAGCAGGGCUCUUACUGUACAACCUUUUCCCCUUGAUUAUCAAAGUGGGUGGUGAUGAUAAUCAAUUACCAUUAAUUAUGUCCGGCCCUUCGGAGUACCCCGUCUCUGUCCUACACUGUGAAACAGGGAAAGGGUGACCUCUGCAGGUGGACUUGUGAAAUUGUUGACUCCUCUCCUCUGUUUUAUAGAUACAUUAAGUUUGAACACAGGUUAGGGAGAAAAACGCGCGUUCCACUACUCUGUGCACUGUCAGUGUAGGUAAUUACUGCAUAUACUAGCUUUUCAGUUACAAACAGCAUCUACGAAUAAUAAAUGUUACUCAUUUAUAUAAUGCAUUACGCUUGAGUUUGGUCACAUUUGCAGGAGUUAAUAGUCAAUCCUUAGAAAACUAAUACUCUCAUACGAAUACCAGAGUAAACUAGCGCCCCCAGUAGGGAACUGAGAUAACUACACAUGAUACAGGGUCUUACAGGGUUUUAUUGUGGAGCAGUACUAUAAUCCACGCCCAAGAUGGUAAUAAUCACAUGAAUAGGAAAACGAUUCAAGUAUUUACAUAAGAAGCAUUAUUUAUCAAGUAUUUAAUAACACAAGAAGUAUUUAACUGCUAAUUCCUGCACUAUGUGGCAAAAAGUCAUGAGAAACACAGCGGAGGAUAUCUCCCUGAGAGAAUGAUGAAUGAACAGUGCAGCGGAGUACACAAUUGUUGCACUAUUCAGCCCUCCGACGGAUCUAUAAUUCAUUCCCGGCUCAGAUUUUUCUGACGUUGUAAUUAUGUCUUUAAUUACGAUUUUUAUGGCUCAUUGUUCAUAAACAAUGAUGAAUGUGGCUUUUUAGGAGAAAAUCCUGCGUGAACGAUGAAUUACAGCUCGGACCCCUUAUCAGUCUGACUGCGUUAAGCCUCCGUCUGCAAUUACGACGUGCAAAUAAUGAAAUCUGCGCCCCGCAUCCUUAUGAAUUCACUUCACCGGGCGGAGGACCUCGCCAGUGCGUAUUUCUCACGUGUAACCAAAAGGGAUUAGGAAGCUGCAGAGCCCUCCUGCUGUUUUAACAUAUUAAACCACUAAAGAUUUAUAACGCCAUUUGGUCUAUCCCCCUCACUACUGUACCAUAACCUAAUAUUGUACGUUUUAAGGAGGUUUCUUAAUGCCUUUUUGCAUUAUUCUUAUGCAAUAUGCAACAUGUCGCUGAUAACGUAUGAGUCGUAUAAAACUAAAACGACUGUGCUCACAUGUCCGAACUGCGGCGCAAAGCUAGGGUCAACACACCGGGCUCAAAUGGAUGGGAAAGUGGCAUAUCCAGCCGCUUUCGACAACUGCUGGCGCGGAGUAGGAGCGAGGUGAUCCGGAGAGAGGAGGGAGUACAGCCUGACUAGGGAUAGAAUGCCAACUCCAUAUGACAGCAUUUCUUAAGCAUUUCUUCUUUGGGGGGGUGGGGGAUGGGGACAUCUGACAGCCAAUUGAGCACUAAAAUGAUUCAUAUGGGAUUGUGUGAACUUGUCGGUAACACUUUACUGGAGGGGGCACAAAUAGUCCAGUAGUACACUCUUAGUUAAUGUAUUAAUUAGCCAGACACUAAGUGCUAGUUACCUACUGAUCCCAUGUUUCAUCAUUAAUCAGUCGUAAGGGUUUGUGAAUUUCAUGCAGUUACUAUAACUGUUCAUGAUUUGUACUUGAGUAGUUACUAGGUUACUUGUGCCCUCUCAAGUAAAGUGUUACCAACUUACCAACUCAUAUGAGUGAUACACACACACACACACACAUGUAGGGUAUACAUAUCCUUAUGGGGACCGCUCAUUCAUUUCAAUGG